AUGAAUCCUGCCGACCGGAUGAAGAUGCUCUUUGUCGGAGAAGACGAAAGCCUUCUUCACCUAGACGUUGGGUUACGCGAGGACAGUUGGAAUCCAGCUCCAGUCCCAGUCCCAGCCCCAGUUCCUGUCGAGACUGUAGCCGAGAGCUCCAGAGGUUGGUCAGCGAGUACCAAAUAUGCCUGUUGGUCGGCUGAUACUACCAAGGGCAACGGCUCAGAUGAUGGCGUGUUCGAGGACGAGUAUCUGGCGUCGUUCGCUCGUUCUGCAAGAAAGGAAGCAAAAGCGUUAAUGAAAGUGAAAUCAACCAAGAGGAAGAAGUACAUACAAGCAACUCGAGCAAAGCCCUCUGGAGUUGAAGAUAUUUCGCCUGUUUCUAGUGAAAUAACAAGCUACUUCUGCCCUCUUAUGACAAUUGCUAGGUUUCCAUAUAAAUUUGUCAGAGGCGAGGAUGCAAGCCGUAUUGCAAAGACAUACUUUGAUGGAGGGCAAUUCUGGGAUCAAUCAUGGGAUAUAUUCUAUAUUCACCCGCCAGCUUAUGUCUCUAUAAAACCUCUCCUCCUCAUCCCAAAGGCUCAGGCCCAGGACCUAAUUGAUACCAUCAACGAGGAGUUCGAAUGCGAGCUCUCCCUCCCAAUGGACCCAGAUGCUGGAGUAUUUAUUGGUACAGCCAUAAAUCGCGAAAUGAAAGACCAGUUGGAGAAGGCAGUGCCUAGUGCACCAAGCGGCAACAGUGAGCCUGGAGAGAAUGCUUCUCCAGAGCUGAAACGCUCCUUUGAUGCAUUUAGGGAGAAGAUGGAAGCAGCAUAUGCCGCAACACGCCGCAAGACUAAAAAGGCCAAGGGGAAACGGCAACAUACCCAAGCACAGAAUAUCCGCUCCUGGUGUCUUGAGCUUAAACGUACUCAGUGCUAUCUCGGCCUUCGCCCACGAGUUUCCCGAGAUGCCCCGAAUCCAACAGAUGUCAACGUUUCUAAGGAUGCAUCAUGGUCAAAACAACUGGUUGCUGAGAAGGACGCGGCGUUAGCAAAUGGGUCUGCCUUGGAGCCACUAGAUAUUGAUGACUCUGCACCCUUUCCCUUCGCAGACGAGCCCAUCUUUAUCUGCAUUGACGUUGAAUCUAAUGAGAAGCAUCACGAGCAAAUUACCGAAAUUGGAGUUUCUACUCUAGAUACCCUUGAUCUGUCUUCCAUUCCUCCAGGGGAAGGAGGACACAACUGGAUGGAGAAGAUUCGAUGCCGUCAUUUCCGCAUCUCUGAAUACACGGAUAUUACCAAUCGUCUGUUCGUCACCGGUUGCCCGGAAAGGUUUGAAUUCGGCUACAGCGAGUUUGUACCGAUUAGUAGGUCCGCCAACGCUGUCGACAUGUGCUUUCAGCCUCCAUAUUCCGAUCACAUUCUAUAUAAAGUCGAUGGUGAUCGAUUUGCCAAAACAGAAACCAAAGAAAAGGGGGACUGUUACGCUGAAGGUGGUGGUGUUCGACUACCACGCUAUGUCAGGGAGGCAACUGAUAAGAAGAAACCAACGGCAGUAACGCAGAUCAAGCCAUACAAGAUGGUACAGCGGAAACUCAUUCUUGUCGGCCAUAGUCUUUCCACGGAUAUAGAAUAUCUGCAGAAACUAGGCUGUAAAACAUUCGACCCCCGCGGCUCCAACUCAACUACAAACGGUCAGGAGAACAAUCAACCAUAUUUCUUAGACAGCAUAGACACUGCCAACCUCUUCCGUGUCCUGAAACGGGAGUCCCAGCCAAGUGCCCUGGCCAAAGUGCUUCUCGACCUCGGUAUAUCUGGCUGGCAUCUUCAUAAUGCCGGAAAUGAUGCGCGAUAUACCCUUGAAGCAAUGAUCGGGAUUGCGGUAAAGGCUAUUCAGAAAGACGGGAUCGACAGUCAUGGUGAGGAUGUUAAUGGUAAGGAGACUAUGGAUAGCGGUAGUGUUGAUAUGGUAGUCAAACAUACCUCAGCUCCGACUGUCCAGCCAACCCCACGAUCCAGUGAGGAGGAUCUACACUGGCGACGAGAAGUUGAACGUCGCAUAAUAGCAAAGCGGGAAGAGGCUGAAACGAGGGUCCGCGAGGAAUGUGCGCUGUGGGAGGCCGUCAUCGGCUGGAACGGAAAUAGUUCGAAGAGUGACUUUGACGGCGGGCUUCCUCGAGGUCUGAAUCUGUUCAAACUCUAA